AAGGGAGUCUCAAAUUUCUGUUAAUAUUGGUUUCGUGUUUGAGUUUGUAUAAGGCUUUUCAUCUUCCUUCUUCCCUCUCCUUUUUCCCUCACUUUCUCCAUCUCUUUCUCUCCAAACACUUUCCAAUUCUUAGUGCUCUGCUAUACAUGGAGAUGUCAAUGGAGGAUUCGUGCUCCUACGAGAUUCUAUCAGUGGCUCUCGAUGCUUUCCACCGACGCGGACGAUCUCCAAGAUUACCGAACAGUUCUAUACCGAUUGCGCCUCGAAUAUCUCCUUUCAGGGCGUCGUUCUAAGGUCCUUUUUACCGCUCUCCAAAUUUCUCCAUCGCGUUUCGUUUUUCGCUGUUUAAACUUGGAAUUCCUACUGUAGGAUAUCAUCGACUCAUGCUUUGUUUUCCAUUCGUGAAAUCAUUUGUUCUUAGUGUCUUAGAGUGGUUAGUUAUCUCUGUGCAAACUUUGGAUAUAGGAGAAUUUUCCGUUAUGCUAUUUUAGGGUUUGGCACGGAGUCUGUGGUGUCUCUGAGACCUUGAGAUCUGGAAUACGGCUAGGAGUUUCCUUGUUUUACAAUUUAGGAGAGGUUCCUCUUGUCGUUGUCUGUUAAUUGGUUAUUGGAUAUUAUCUGGUGUUGAAUUUUGCGUUUACGGUUCGUUUGGGAAAAUUUGAAUGGCUGGGAAGUUGGAAUUGGGGCCUCCGAAGUCUGAUGUUUCCAAUCCGAAGGAACAGGCGGCGAGAAAGAUACUGAAAAUUGUUAGAUCUCAAGGGCAUCCGUAUGUUGAGUUGCGUGAGAAUGGGAAAAAAUUCAUUUAUUUCUGCACUCUGUGUCUUGCACCGUGUUAUAGUGACGAUGUUCUGUUUGAUCACUUGAAAGGUAAUCUUCAUAAGGAGAGAUUGUCUGCUGCUAAGGUUACCCUGCUAGGACCGAAACCAUGGCCUUUUAAUGAUGGUCUUGUUUUCUUUGAUACUUCUAUUGAAAGUGAUAGAGACUUGGAAGUUGCAGAUAGUUACCAAAACAGGUUGUUGAAAUUUAAUAACAACGAGAAUAGUCUUGCAAUUGUUAAGUUUGGGAACGGGGUUCAGCCAAGUGCUGAACCAUGUUCGACUGAUGGCGUGCAAGAUGAUGAGCGUGGGCUAGUGAUUCCUCAUUUGCUGAUUGGAGAUGAAAUAUUUGAUGUAAAAGUCAGCGAAGUGGGCUUAGGGAAGAUUGCUGCAAGAUUUCUUGAGAAGUGCAGCGCGUUCAGUGGAAUUAAAAGAAUAUGGUGUGAAUGGUUAGGAAAAAAAAGUAACAAUCAACAAGAUGGUGUUGAGGUUCUAGAGCAUGAUUUUGCAAUUGUAAAUUUUGCUUAUAAUUAUGAUCUGGGUCGGUCUGGUUUGCUUGAUGAUGUCAAGUCAUUGUUUCCGUCUGCUUCUGGUGGCCGAAAGGGAAAGACAUCUUUGUCUGACUCUGAUGAUAUUAGUGAUUCUUUAAGCAAUCAGUAUGAUUCUUCUGCGGAAGAGUCUUCUGAUUCAAACAAUUCCACUACACGAUUAACACUAGAUCAAUUCAACAAUCAUCAUCUUUGUACAAGGUUCAUUUCAAGCAAGGCUGUGAGGAAAGAAUUGAGACGGAAGCAGCGGCUGGCAGCAGAGAAAGUAUGUAACAUCUGUCAACAAAAAAUGCUUCCCGGUAAAGAUGUAGCAGCACUUUUGAAUUUGAAGACCGGAAGGGUAGCGUGCAGUAGUCGGAAUAAAACUGGGGCAUUUCACGUGUUCCAUACAUCCUGCCUUAUACACUGGAUAAUCUUGUGUGAAUUUGAGAUAAUCACAAAUCAUUUAGUUCGUCCAAAUGUUAGAAGAAUAGUGAAGAGAAAGAUUGCUUCAGAUGGUGAGAAAAUUGGAAAAGCAAAAGAUAUAGAAAAGCAUAUAAGAACUGUAUUCUGUCCAGAGUGCCAAGGUACUGGAAUGGUCAUUGAUGGAGAUGGAGUUGAACAGCCAGAAUUUUCUUUGUCUCAGAUGUUCAAAUUCAAAAUAAAAGCAUGUGAUGCACGCAGAGAAUGGAUCAAGAGCCCCGAAGUUUUGCAGAAUUGCUCAACUGGGUUUCACUUCCCUUCACAAUCAGAAGAGAUAUUUGAGGAAAAAGUGGAACCCAUAAAUUUGCUGCAUUUUUAUCGUGCUGAUGUUUAGAGUGGAAUAUAACCGGGCAAAUAUUUCGUUUACCUGAUUGUAUUUUCAAGAAUUGUGUGUAAACUUUUUAGGUAAAUGUUGGUUGACAAACUCGGUUAUAUAACCUCGUAGAUAGUGACCAGAUUAAACAUUGUGUAUACCUGCUAAUGAGUUCGUGUGAGUGCACAUUGUUGGCAAUGUAUAUGUGUAAAGUGAUUGCAAGCUCACCUCGUGGUACAGUGCCACCGUUGUUAGCUCACCUUUUAUUUAUGUUUUCUUUUGUGGCUAAUAUUGGUGAACACUGAUUGCAAGCAACUAUGAACCAAUAGAAACCCUGUUUUAUUACAAUACAUUAUCAUUAAGUUACUAGGCUUUA